GAAACAUACAGUACCGGUCAUGCAUUUGUAAUAUUUUUAACUCAAAGUGAGAAAUGGUUGUUUCUUAGAUAUAUUUCUUGACAGCCAGACAAAAUCCAACGUCGUAGUACCUAUACAAUUUUUAGUGAAUCAUACUUAAUCUUUACGAGUAUGAAUAUCAUUAAACAUUAGUGACAUACAUGACGUCAUGCACGUAAUAAACGUAACUAAUGACAACAUUUUAAAAUGCGCUCGUCCUAACGGUAAAGCGACAAAAAUCUGCUAGUAACAAAUGAAUUCCUAAUAUGCUAAGGCUUUUGAAUUCACCAGCAAGAUUCAGGUGCUCUCCGAAAUGGACAAGUCUGUUCUCGACUUAUCACGUUCUCGGCGAGACUCUUGCUUGGCGACAGAGCAGAUUCUCGUAUUCAAAAUGGCUGGAAUGCAAAAUGGAAAUUGACGACGAAAAUGUCGCAGAAAUCGAGAAAUACGCAUUUCUGUUAGGUUCUGCACUCAAGAACGAAGACCUUGAACAUUUUUUUAGUAUAUACGAUUCAAUCCUGCCUAAGAGUUUACCUGACAACCAGUUGGAACUGAUCAAAAGCAAGGCCCGGGAAGUAGCCGACCUACCGGAUUGUGAUUUUAACAACCUUGUGUUCAAAGCAAGAACCUUUAGCCUUGUACCUUCCGGUUCGGGAAUGUCCUAUUGCAAACCAAAGUCCAAGUGGGCGUUGAGUAGCCAAGAGGAGGCAAGUGAAGAGGAUGACGAAGGUAUUGGCUCCAAUCGGCACUAUUCUGGGGAUUCGGGCAAUUUACACUCAGCAACAAAAAUAAGCUCUCGAUCUUCCGAGUCCGAGUUUCGCAAUGACUCCGUGGUAGGUAACUCCAGUCUAGCUACAAAUAGCAUUGGUAGUCUUAGUGACGAUGAUGCAGAGGACGAUGAACGGACAGGAACUAUUGAUUACUUUCCACAAGUAAAAAUUCGUCAUGGCUGUGGAAUCGCCAUGGAUUAUGACGAAGCUCACGAAGUGAAAUCUGAACAUUCCUCGACUGAUAUUAAUUCCCCACGCAGUGAUAUUUCAGAUGGCACCGAGAUGACCACAUUCAAUUCAGGUCACCGCAUAAACGAGGACACAGACGAUGACUUUAAUUUUACCCGUGACACUGUGCCAUAUCAGGACGAUUUUAAUACUGAUGGUGACAGUGACAAUGAGGAUUUAGAUCAGAAACGACGCUACUACAACAUGGGUUACAGGCCUCUAGAAAGAGAGGGCCCAAAACUACAGUCACUGAGUUUUAAUUCAAUGAAUGGUGAAAGGACAUCUGGGCUUCGUGGAAGCGAGGCUGUUGACAAAGGGAUAAGCUUUCCUUCGCUUUCUGGAUAUAGCCGUCAUAGUGAUCCGGUGAAAAUUGAGAAAAACAGUUACAGCAAACGCGAUCCACCGUUCGGGCGUGGGUUAGAACAAAUUCAGAAUGUUGGAAGUUCUGUGGACAAACUGAUCAGAGACAGGCCCAUUCAUGAUGUGAAGGAUAUGCCAGAAGGUCGCAAACUGGAACUGUUACAGCCUGAGGAAAACAAGAAAAAAAAGAAGAAAAAGAAAGCAGCAAAAGAUGAUGGUUCGGUGACCACAGAUGAAAACGGCAACCCGAUCGCUGAGGGACCCGUCGCUUUCAACAAGACGACAUACUCACAAAUGAGAGAGCCUCCCCCCAGCAGCCAUGAGACAUACAGCUAUGGCACUUUUCCCGGAUCCAUCGACCAGUCUAGCUCACGACAAACCAGCACCCUUGGCAACGUUCAGGACAAACGCAAGCGCAAAAAGAAAACGAAUAACGAGGAAGUGAAAAAAGCCGAGGAUAUUGAUAACUAUAAGGGUAGACUACCACUUGAGGAGGUUCUGAGUUUUAUUGGUGGGCAGAAUGAACCAAAUAGAAAGCCUAAAAAGCCUGCAGCUACAACUGAUGACAUUCCAUCAAAAACCCAGAAAGCUAGUAAGAAAAGUAAAGACAAAAAACAGAAAUCUCCUUUAGCUGUUGUUUCCAACUCUUCGGAAGUGACCAGUAAAGGUGUUCACAGUGCUCAAGAAGCCACGUUUAAUGAUCCAGUGGCAGUAUCAGUGAUGGGAAAUUCAGGUGCAAAAUCUGACUUUGAUAAACCUGUGGCAAAUGGGGAUAUAGCUGGUGUGUAUUCUAAUAGGGAGGAUGUUGAACACUCAUUGCUCAAACCUAAACCAACAGUUACUGAAAAAACAGUGUCGGCUAGUGAUUCAAAGAAAGAAAAAGACAUACUGGUAAAUAGAAAGGAAAUUAUUCCAAAGGAUGAGAGAAAAGAAAUUAUUCCAAAGGAUGAGAUAGUUGAACUCACCAUUAACCAGGUUGAUGACACGAAUGUUGGAUUUACAAAAAUUGAAAACAAUAAAAAGAAAGCAAAGCUACCUAAAGCAGAGAAAACAGAAAUGAUUUUUUCCAAAUCAGAAGAAGACAGCAAUAGUUUAAAUAGCGUGACAGUUAAACAGAAAAAUGCUAAAAAUAAAAAAUCAAAACCAGCAAGUCCGACAGUGAAGAUGGAGACUGAGACCGAGGUAGUGGAAGUGACUACCUCUGCUUGUGUUCCAAGCCUGUCCUCUGACGACCUGCUAGACAACUUUAUUUUCACGGACCUUGAUCUGAAAAUCCCUAAGGAAGAGGACUUUCAGGUUGUGGGCAAAAAGAAAAAGAAAGUCACGACGAAUGAGAAAGAGAAACCGAAUCAUUUCAUUCCACCGGGUGCGAACCAUAAAUCAAACCGCCGUCUGGACGAGAAACGCUCUGUCGCGGCGGUUGUGAAUCACAAGAUUGCUCAUCAUGUUGUCUCCCCCCAGGGCCUGUCUGGUGACAAUGAAGGACGGACGAGAGACUUAAGUCCGUCUGCAUUCCCUGCACUGACGGUUACAAAGUCCGGGCGACAGGCUGCGCAAGAGGGCCGCAGAAACUCUACCGGAGACGUUCCAAUCCCAACUGGGUUGAAAUCUCAGGACGACAGUGAUAUCGAGUCUGUGAAGUCGCUGCCAGCCACUCAGGGCAGUGGCCUUGGAGACUGUGCGCUCUCUCCGCGGUUUUCAUACGCAAGAAUGGCUGCAACUGUUUCCGCAAAACCAGCGGAUAUCGAGCAGCAAAUAGAGCAAGCUGUGUGUGGUGGAAACUGUGAUCUUGAGCCCAAACAGGCUGUGUGGAAGGGCUCCCCAACAGAGAGGCGACAUUCUAUAGGUUCUAGUCCAGAGGUAGUGAACAAAAACACUGCGUCAAAUAGCCAGACUGUGGGGAAUGCGGUGAAAGGGGGGUGUCAGGAUCACAUUCUUGCGGAUGCUGCCCUGAAACCUAAAGACACUAAAAAAUCUGUUGGUGCAAAAACAACACAGACAUCUAGUGGUUCAAAUGCAAAGAAUGUGAAACUGAAAGUGGGCAGCAUCAACCACAGUGAGGAUAUCGCGGUUUCGUGUGGCAGUGACACUUCACAAAGUGAAUCAAGAAAAAUCUCUGCAAAUGCCAAAUUGUUUCCAUCGCCCAUUCAGUCCAGUGAGCCUGUGUUCUCUUUCAUUGCCAACUUGAGUCCAGAUAGUGCUACCAUAGAGAAUUCUGCUGAACUCCUCAGGCAGGAUGCAAACUUUGAGAAUUCCAGUAUCGUCAGUAGUUGUAGUGGAAAUUCAAGUGUCACUAAUGCAACUGUAGUUUCUGUGCAUAAACUAGAGAAUAGCAAAAUAAGGCCACCUAAUGGCUCCUAUGGUAGAAAACAGAAAUCUGUGAUCUUUUUAGAUAAACGUGUUGAGGAAACACCAAACCUUGGCAUUUCAUUUGGUUUUGAUAGUUCAGAAUCUGAAGCUCAAAGUGAAAAGGCUCUACCUGAACCAGACCAGUGUCACCUCAGAAUUAAACCAGACAGUGAUAGUAAAAAUCCAGUUACGACACAAAUAAACGAUAUAGUAGUGUCAGAAACAUCUAUCUCUGCAUCAAAAGCUUCAUGUGUGCCGUCAAGACAGCUGGACACACAAACCAGCAAAUUAAGUUCAGUCAGUGAUGCUAGUUCAGAAUCAGUGAAUAAAUCCCAAAUUGUGCGACUGAAUGGAUUAGUGAGUCACGCAUCUCAGGGGGAUUAUAUGGACCUUAAAAAGGAAGAAAACGAUAGAAACAUUGUGCCACCAGCGGAAAAUAGUUCAGAUGUUAUCGUAGAAAGCCAGAAAUUGUAUGUAUCCAAUGAACUGGGUGGGGAAAAUCUAGUGUAUUACGGGGAAUGUGUAAAUGCAGUUAAGAAGCUGGUGAGUGUUCCAAGCCCAACUAACGGUCCCCAUCUCUACUGUGGACUAGCCAGGUACCAGGCUCGAGAGGAGUCUCCUAGCAACUUUAACAUCAACGAGGCAGCGUACUUCCUCACAAGAGAGUGGAACAGUACUAUGAAGCUAAUGGAAACAGAUCCGGAUAGUGUGGUGUUCCUGGAAGUCUAGAGGGGGACAGGGAAACUAUACUUCUAUCAGAAAUGUGUGGAGCGGACAUUAGCUUCUUUUAUAGCUGCAUUGGAGUUCAUUGGCUCUUGGAACUUCAAAUAAUGUGAUGUUAGAAAAUAAAAAAUCAUAAACUACAAUAAAUUACAUUUAAACCUCAUAGUAUGGUCAUGUUUAAGUUUUAUUCAUGGUAGGUUAUAACAAUUCAUGUGGUAUUUAUUUGGUGGUUUAAUUAAACAGAUGCCUGUUAUGUUUUAGUAUGUGUGAAUCAUCCAUACAUCUGAGUGUGCUAAUCGUGAAAGUUUGUAUAUAAAUGGGCCUCGUUCAGGAAAAAGUUGCCGUAAUGCAUUUGUGUAUAGUGUCAUCCAAGAUAAGCCUGCGCAGUCUGCACAGGCUUAUCUGGUUGAUUGAGGCUCAAGUGAUUUACCAGCCUGCAAAAAAGAAUUUUAUGGGUAGACAGUUGAGAUGUAUAGAACAAGGGCUUGAGAACUUUUAACAUGGCACUUGUCUUCAAAAUAUCAAGCUUGUCAGAAGAGGACAGUGCAUUAUGUGUGAUAGAUCAAACAUCUUGCACAAUGUUAAUGUGAACUUUCAUGAACAUCAGCUGGAUUGCAGCUUUGAAUGAAUUUGCGUUUUGUGAAAUGAAGACCACUGGACAACUAAGAUGUUACAUCAUGUUACGUUGAAAAAUAUUGCACCGUAUUUAUAACUCCUAUUAAUAGUGUCAGUAUGUGUUUGUAACUUACAAAUCAGUGAAGUUACAUAGACAGUAAUGGCUUGUUCCUGAAAUGAAUGUUAAAAGUAAUGACAAACUGAAACAACUUUUUGUUACGGAAUGUACUAUUAUGUUUGUAUUCAAGUAGGAUUGAAUGUUGUUUGAUUAACAGUUUCUUGGGACUGUGACACAUGUAUUAAUGAGCCGCACUCUGUGAAAAGGGGGUUUAAUGCAAGUGCGUUAAGUGUCGUCCUAUAUUAGCCAGUGCAGUUCACACAGGCUAAUCAUGGACGACUCUGUCUGCGUUUAUGGUAUUUUUUUAAGUUUCUUAGCAAGAAUACAAUUGAAGCGGAAAGUGUUGUCCCUAAUGAGCCUGUGUGGAUCUUUUCACAGAGCACGGCCCAUUUUAAUGUGUAUAAACUGUUUGUUGUGUAUAUAAGGUGUUUAUAAACAGUAAAUGCUGUUAAUUGUUUAAAAAGUGAACAAUGAACAAAUAGCAAUAUUCAUAAUUAUACUGUGUGAACAAUGAAAGCUGAAAGCAACCUAACUGUUGGAAAACUGGGCUCAAUGCUUGUGUGUAUAUCACGAGGGCUUUUUCUGCUUUUAUGGUAUUUUUUGUAUAAAGGAAGUCUUUUCUUAGCGAAAAUCCAAACUCUACGCACGUGCAUUAAGCCUGGUUCUCCAAGAGGUUAACUCAAUGUUUUGUGGCUAUGCAACUUCAGCGCGCAAGGUCCCUGCUUGGUGAUUGAUACAUGGUGAUAUGAAUGUGAACUUGGGUGAACUCUAUAGAUGAACUUGCUAGCUUCAUGGUGCCUUUUGUGUUGCAGUGUGUAUUUAUAUGGGUGGGGUAUGGGUUAUUGAUGUUCGUAGUACAUGUAACUUCUCCAUGAGCUUAAUGUAGAUCCAUGGCCGACAUUGGUUGUCUGUUUGUCCACAGGGAUGGAAAUAAACAGGAACUCACUGGCCCCACUCGCCAAUUGCCCCUUAACUUUGUGCAAUGACCUCUUUACAAGUCGUAUUGAAGGAAUAAGAGUUGGCAACCAUGGCCGCAAGAAAAACAAGGGUGGGCAACCAUGGCCCCAAAAAAACAAGGGUGGGCAACCAUGGCCCCAAGAAAAACUAGGGUGAGUAUUUCUGGGCAACCAUGGCCCCAAACAGUUUGUUUCCAUCCAUGUUGGCAUCAGUCAUCUGUUUGUUAAUACUCCAUUAUAGACAGCAAUUUCAACCGAUAUUGAUUGACAUUACGUUUUGGUCUUAGUAAAGGUCCUCUUGAUAUUGAUUGAUCUAUGUUCACCAAUGUGUACUGAUAGCUAAAAAUCCAUAAAUCUUACAGAUUGUAAUUGAGUUGCAUCCUGGAAAAAUGAGGCUUAAUGCAUUUGUGUAGUGUCACAGGCUUAUCAGGGACUGCAUAGAUUUGAUUUUUGUUUAGGAGGGACUCUUUCAAACACAAAAAAUCAAUAGAAUCAGAAAGUGUUGUCCCUUAUUAACCUGUGCAGACUGCAGGGGCUAAUCUGGGACAACCCAAAGCAUAUGCAUUAAGCCCUGUUUUCCCAGGACGCUACUCAGUUGUUUUCCCUAUUAUGUUAUUCUAUUCUUGUCUCUGAGCAGUCUUUUUAGACAUAAACUGAUGCAUCAAACCUCUUAGGAAAAUAUUUUUUUCACUACAACUAAGAUUCAAAGUACAUUUUUUUAAAUACUUUAGCCAUUAUCAUGGUGAUUUACAUAGUUGGUCAAAUGAUACAUAUCCAACCAUUUGGGUCAAAUUUGCAACAUUGUAUGCGAACAGUUGUUGAAAGCAAUUAUGGAUGUGUUGUGGUGCUAAAUCAGUAUAAAGAGGAAAACAAUUUAAUUUCUGAAAUGACUGAGAUAUGUGAUCUCAUUGUUGAUGAUUGAAUACACUUAGUUUGUGUUUUGUAGUUUAUGAAUAAGAAGUUAGAAUUGUACAUCAAUUCCGUUUUGAAAAAGAAAAUUAUAAUUAUGUCACAUUUACAGAAAAACAUGCUUGUAAAGCUUAUUGACAUUGUUUUCAUAAACUUGCUGCAAUGUUCAUUAAUUAUAUCAAAUGUUAGGGUAUACAUACAAAACAGUUUACAAGAAUAUUAAUGUGGAUGUCCUUUUGUGUAAUUAUUCUUGUAACAGCUGUACUGGCGCUUACUUUGUCAGCGUUUACUCAUGUCUACCAUUUGCAAAAAAGUUAUGGAUAUGCGUGUUUGGUAUGCAAGUGAAUAAGGGAAGAAAAUGGUUUUCAAGAAAAUCCACUUGGAAUAAAAGCACUAGAAUGUUCAUAUGUUGGGAAUGUCGAAAAAAGCACAAAACAACAUUCAUACUGAAUAGCUGACCUAGUGACAUGUGUGUUAAAUAUGAAAUAUUUAUGGCAAUGAACCAUCAGACACCUGUAUUAUUGCAUUCCACAACAUUUUGUAACAUUAUAUAAUUUACUAUCUGUGUUAAUUUUCUAAUGCGCCAGUUUCGCUACUUAAGGUGCACAUUUUUAGCUCACCUGAGCAAAACAUGCUCAUAGUGAGCUUUUGUGAUUGUCAUUUGUUCAUAGUGUGUCAUCAAUAUUUAACUUGUGAGCUGUAUAAAGGCCACAUGAACUGCUCAAUCUUCUUUAAUUUUUUGUUAGAACAUAUGUCCAAAUGAAAUCUCAGCCGAAUUGGCAACUGGGGAUUGAAAACUUGGUCACUAAGUCAAAUUAAAGAAAAAAAUCUUGUGAACAUUUAAAGGCCACGUUUAUUGCCCAAUCCGAAACUUGGUCGGAACAUUUGUCCUAAUGAUAUCUUAGCCGAGUUGGAAACUGCAGGGUCUUGUAGGGUUAAAACAUUUGUCCCAGUCAUAUCUCAGCUGAGUUUGAAACUGGGUCAUGUCUGGUAAAAAAAUACAUCACUUAAAAUGACAUAGAAAAAGCUUGUGAAUGAUAACUUUUAAACUUGUGGUUUGUUCAAAAGCAUGGCUUCCACAUGUUGAGGCACUUUUCCUUACAAGUCUAUUUUGAAACCCUGUGAAUUUUACUGGCUCAGAAUAUUUUAGUUCCGUUAGGUCUCAGGUGUGAGCCAGAGUACCUUUGUUCCUCUUGUUUGUUGAAUAAGAUGCUUGUAAUAAUGACAGUAUAUUGCCAGUAAUGAAGGAGGUCAAUGGACAUUGCCAUAGAUACAUGUAGCAUUACCACAUAUUUUGGGUUGUCUUUAUUAGAAAAUGGCUAAUUUAAGUGUUGUAUGACAGGUAUUGAAAUCUUCCCUAAUCUUUGUUAAGUUAUUUUUAUGUUUUGCAAAGAAGGCAUUAUGUUUGUAGAAACAUAUUAGAACUGGUAUAAAUAGUAUAACGAAAAUAAUGUGUUCAAAUUACAUAAAGUUAUUUAAAAAAAACAACAUUGUAUUCAAACAUAACCUUGAAGUUCACAAUAAUCUUUUAACAAAAGCAUCAAAUUUCAAUGUCACGAAAUGAUUUUGGAGGAAAACAGUGUUUUUAAUACACAAGCAUGGGGGUUUGCUGUUUUCAUCUUAAAGAAGUGAUCUAACCACUGAAGCAUUUUUUAAAUACGCAGUGAUCUUUUGAACUAUUCAAAUGUCAUUAUAAGACCGCUGCCGAGUAAUGGUCCGACUGUCAAUUUGUACUUAUUUUUUUAUAGAGAAAUUGUUUAUUAUUGUUAAUUUAAAGGAAGUUGUUGGAAGCUAAAGUGUUUCAAAAUAUUGCAUAAUUUUAUGUUUUUGCUAUAAUUGACAUAUUUCUGUGUGUUGAAUAAUUGUUAAAACAUCAACUAAAUCAUGUAUAUUUGACAGUUUCUUGUUUUAUGCUUUUUAACCUACUAGAUCUUUCUUUAUGACUUGAAAGAAAAAUUAUCAAAUCAGGUGAUGCAAUUAUAAUGUUUGCUCUUAAACAUGUAUCUUUUUUCAUGUUAUUAUGGAUAGCAGAGUAAAACAUGUUUGUUGUAGGUAAGUUAACUGUUGUGCUAUUUAAAACAAAAAAGGCAAUUUAGGUAACAAAUUCUUGUAGUUUUCACUAGAAUACAUCUGCAGUUAACUGAUAUGUGUGCUCUUCAAAAUAUUAUCAUUUUGUCUUGUGUUGUUAAACUUGAAAAUUUUAAUUUAAAGCCUUCAUGCGCCUACAUAAAAAUAUUAUUUAAAGCAAGUUCAUUAUUCGCUUAAUAAAGUUUUCUUGGAAUCAUUUUCUGUAGUUCUUGAACAGAAUAUCAUUAUUUACCUGUUAUUUAUGAGCUUAUUUUAUUUAUUAUGUUUUAAUUAUGGACAAUCUCAAUCAGUUGAGGUGCUUAAUUUAGUCUUGAACUCUGAAAAGCGGGUUUAAUGCAUGUGUGUAAAAUGUCAUCCCAGAUUAACCUGUGCAUUCUGCACACACACACACACCUGUGCAUUCUGCACAGGCUGAUAAGGGAGGACACUUUCCACAGAAACUGGAUUAUUGCUAAGAAGAGAUUUUCAUAAAAUGACAAAUAUCAUAAUAGGGGAAAGUGUUGUCCCUGAUUAGCCUGUGCAGACUGUUCAGACUAAUCUAGUAUGACACUUAAUGCACAUGCAUUUAACGCCCUAUUAACAGAGCCCAAUUAUUUUUGCUCAAAUGUGGUCUUAAUUAUGACAGGAACUUGAAUAAUCCACCUUCUCUAAAAUUGCUUAAGCGAAUGUAGCGUCACAUGAAACAAUUGAACAGAAAAACGGUUUGUUGCAUAGUUGUACAUGUACUUACGACAUCAGCAAAUCAAUUGUGUAAUUGUUAUUGAUUUGAAGAUGUUUUAUAAUUAGGGGAAAAUGUUCUUAUGUGUUUUGUUUCGUUUUGUUCAUGAAAUAAUCAUCAUUAUUGUAUGUUUCACCGUAUGACAUCAUUAUCAUUAUGGGUGUAUGAAAUAAUGUUGUUGUUUCUUAUUUGAUUCCAUUAUGCUAGAAAUAUCUUAGUAUGUUGUUGAAUAUAUGAAAGGUUUUGUGUAAUAUUAAAUACUAAGUCUGGUAACCUUUUUGAUGCAAAAUGACGUGGCAUUUAGGAUCAUUGAAGGAAAACCUUAAAUGUCUCGUCUGAUUCAAUGUUAGAAAUUUAUUUCUUACAAAUCCUCAGUUUGGGAUAAAUGUACAUUAUUGUUUGUGACGAAACAUAACAUCUUGGCAUAACUAUCUCCAGUAAUAAACUUCAUGAGGGUUCAAUGAAAGACAUACCUGCCAUCAGCAUGAUAUUAAGAACUUUUUCAUAUCUUACCAAAAAUAUUGUGACUCAGUUGCAUUUAGUUUAUUUUUAGCUCACCUGUCACCAAGUGACAUGGUGAGCUUUUGUGACCGUGUGAUGUCCGGCGUCCAUUGUGAGUGCGUGCUGUGUGUGCGUGCGUCCGUCAACAAUUUGUUUGUGUAGACAGUAGAGGUCACAGUUUUCAUCCAAUCUUUAUGAAAUUUGGUCAGAAUGUUUAUCUUAAUGAAAUCUGGGUUGGGAUUAUAUUUGGGUCAUCUGGGGUCAAAAACUAGGACACAAGGUCAAAAACUAGGUCACAUAAUAGGUCAAAUAAUACAAAAACCUUGUGUAGACAAUAGAGGUCGCAGUUUUCAUCCAAUCUUUAUGAAAUUCGGUCAGAAUGUUUAUCUUGAUUAAAUCUGGGUUGGGAUUGUAUUUGGGUCAUAUGGGGUCAAAAACUAGGUCACUAGGUCGAAUAGUUGAAAAAUCAUCAACAAUUUGUUUGUGUAGACAGUAGAGGUCACAGUUUUUAUUCAAUGUUAUGAAAUUGGUCAGAAUGUUUAUCUUGAUGAAAUCUGGGUUGGGAUUGUAUUUGGGUCAACUGGGGUCAAAAACUAGGUCACUAGGUCAAAAACUAGGUCUAAUAAUAGAAAAACCUUGUGUAGACAAUAGAGGUCGCAGUUUUCAUCCAAUCUUUAUGAAAUUUGAUUAGAAUGUUUAUCUUGAUGAAAUCUGGGUUGGAUUGUAUUUGGGUCAAAAACUAGGCCACUAGGUCAAAAACUAGGUCACUAGGUGAAAUAAUAGAAAAACCUUGUAUAGACAAUAGAGGUCCAAUCUUUAUGAAAUUAGGUCAGAAUGUUUAUCUUGAUGAAAUCUGGGUUGGGAUUGUAUUUGGGUCAUCUUGGGUCAAAAACUAGGUCACUAGGUCAAUUAAUAGAAAAACCUUGUGUAGACAAUAGAGGUCACAGUUUUCAUCCAAUCUUCAUGAAAUUUGGUCAGAAUGUUUGUCUUGACGAAAUCUGGGUUAGGAUUAGGUCAAUAGGUCAAAUAUUAGAAAAACCUUGUGUAGACAUUAGAGGUCACAGUUUUCAUCCAAUCUUUAUGAAAUUUGGUCAGAAUGUUUAUCUUGAUGAACACCGGGUUGGGAUGGUUUUUGGUUAGUCAGGUGAGCAAUUAAGGGCCAUCAUGGCCCUCUUGUUAAUUUUUAUGAUGAAUGUUCAAGCUUUUUUGUAAAGUUUAGGUAUAAAUUAUUUACAUUGCUUUUUUUUGUUAAAAAAAUAAUCCAACACAAAUCUUUCAUUCCCUUAGGUACUUACAUACAUCGAAAAUAAACAUACGGAUUAAAACAGAGUGUUUAUCUUUCUCUGAAAGUCUGGUACGGUUUAUCAAAUGUCAUUUGAUUCUGUCUGCCUAUUUGGUUUUACAAAUGUAGCUUUCAAUCCAGAUGCUUAUAAAGCGUGUGAUUUUAUUAAGUUACAGUAAAAAUAUUGGGCAUAUUCCGUCAAUGUUUUGGCGAUGUUUAGCCUUCAGCAUAAUGUAGUACCAUAUAAACAUGUUUGUUGAGGUUUGUAUUUUGCCAUUGUGCAAAAUUUUGUUGUGGACUCGAUAUUCCAUGUGGACUCGAUAUUCCACUGAGCGCUUUUUGUGCUUACCUGCAACCAGAAUUGUCUGCAGUGAGCUUGUGUUUGCAUGACCUUCAUUCCACUAUGCCUUCCUUGCAGAGGAACUACCGGCCUUAAGGCAAAUUGUUCACCUAAUUAGCUUGUUAAUACACCGUACUAUUACAUACACACUACAAUAUGAGACGGGCUUCUGGAAAGCAAGGCUUAAUGCAUGUUGGUAAAGUGUCCUCUCAGAUCAGCCUGUGCAGUCCGCUCAGUCUUAUCAGGGACAACACUUUCUGCCUAAACUGGAUUUUCGCUGGGAUGAGUUUUCAUUUAACCCGAAAAUAACACUUACCGGUAGGUUGAAAGUGUCCCUGAUAAGCCUGUGUGGACUGCACAGGCUAAUCUUUGAUGAUACUUUACAUGCAUGCAUUUAUCCUUGUGUUUGGCUCAUAUGCUUGGUCUAAAGCUUUAUUUGGGUUCUUUUACAAGGCAAGGAUCAAAAAGUUUUUGUUAGUUUUCUUUAAUAAUUAUUAUUAAAUGGUGUUUACUCGCAUAUACAUGUAUAAUAGUGUGUAAUUCUAUCUCAAACUCUUCAAUUAUUAUUUUAUCAAAUUUAAUGGUGUUUACUCGCAUAUACAUGUGUACUUGUGUGUAAUUGCUAUCACAAACUAUUUUAUCAAAUGGUUUUUACUCGUAUAUUCAUGUAUACUAGUGUUUGUUUUCUAUCACAAACUUGCGCCUUUGUUGCAUCAUCUUGUCUUCACUGGUAAUGGUAGGUAUGAACUAUGUUGGAAUUAUGAUGUUGAAACAUUCAGUAAGCUUUUAUACCAAUGCAGACAAUUUCUGAGUUGAAUAAAAUAAUAAAUUACA